AUUCACUCUGCGUUUGAACUCCGAAAAGAGUUGGCAGUCCUUCAGUUUUUGUUUUGAUUGUGUUUGCACGUGUUUUCUGCGAGUUCUUUAUAGAAAAAAAGACUAUUUAAUCACAAUGUCCGACAAAUAUGCCGUGCCCAACAAAUUGCCUGGGAAAACAAUCUCAGUGCUUAAGCACCGCAAGAGGCGUAUUCAACAGGACAAAUCGGUGCUCGAACAGAAGCGCAAUGAUCGCAUUAAACGCACCUUUAAAAGCAAAACACACCACAAAUUUCGACGCGCUGAAUCCUUUGUCAUGGGCUACCUGAAGGCUGAACGCACAUCCAAGAGGAUUAGACGGACAAUUUUACGUACAAAUGUGACAGAGCAGAGUGCUCAGGCUGCUGCAGAGACGAAUCCAAGGCUGUUGCUCGUCAUGCGCCACGCUGGAAAGAAGAUUUAUGACAAAACCACUUCAGAUAUAUUCAAAUCUCUGCGCAUGCCGCUCCGUCAUAAUACAGUGUUCUUGGAGAACAACAAGGAGAAUCAGUUGCUGCUGCGUGUCAUCGAGCCAUUUGUGGUUUACGGUCAUCCAUCGCUGAGUAUGAUACGUGAGCUGCUUUUCAAGAAGGGAUUUGCCCGCAUCGAUGGCAAAAAGACCGCUAUACAGUCAAACACCAUGGUAGAGGAGCAGUUGGGCGAUAAAGGUAUCAUCUGCUUGGAGGAUAUUAUACAUGAGAUCUACACAGUUGGACCUAAUUUUGCUGCCGUCAAUGAGUUUUUGUGUGCCUUUAUGUUGUCAAGUCCCCGCGAUGGCUGGAAGAAGAAGGUGUCCGUUCCCUUUAAUCGUGGCGGCGAGUACGGCGAGCGUGGUAAUGGCAUCAAUGAUCUGGUUGCGCGCUGCCUGUAAAACUUUAACCUAGUAGACUACAUUUUAUAAAAGCAAACACUAAAACAGAAAUAAAUAUAGUUAUAUACAAUACUUAUGUAUAAGUUGGAAUACACAUAUA